AUGACUAAGCACAUCGAGCGUCGACUCCUCGAGCCCGCAGGCGCCUCGGACCUGUUCACGGCAACGCAAGACAUGCAGGAGUCGAUUGGAACCGAAAGCACAGCUCUUGAAGACGGCUACUUGUACCUCUUGUUGGAACAACGGCGGCUGGACAAAGCCAUAGGACACUACAGAGCUUUCCGGACUGCGAAGUUGCUGCACGAUGACCACCAUACAUUGGGAACGUUCCUCUUCAUCAGCCGUCUCGCCAACUCAUACCCCGCAUUCAGCGCUCCUUGUCCCAGCCUAUGUAGCAUUCCUUCGGCUUUCCUACCGUCUUAUUCCCGACGUUGGUGGCCCACGGUUAGCGACCUCAAUGGCGCCGCUGUUGGAAUCUGCAAGCUGCAGCAAGUCUACGACGUUCCGGUGACUACGAUGGCGUCCAUGCAUUCUCGACUACUUCCAGCCGCUUUGCCCGAAGACUUCGCAGACGUUGCCAGGGGUUGCUUUACGGUUGGAGAGUUUGGGAACACUUCCGCCUGGAGCCAAGCAGCGCUUGCUGUGACGUCGCCCCUCACUGGCCGCACUUUCCGCAAGCUUAAGCUCGGCCUCGGAACACUGCGGACAAACGACGAGCUCUGGCGGAGGUUGAGUCAGCGGGCGAAACGUAUGUCGCUGCACCCCUACCCUUCGUCGCCGCAGUCAGAUGUCAGGGAGUACAAGUCCGUCUGCGUUAAACAGGCAGCCAUGAGACCAUCUGGCAGCAGACUUGUUUGCAAGAUGUCUACGAACUUCGGAGACCCGCGCUUGAUUCUUCAGCCGCUCAAGUUAGAGGUGCUGUCGCUGAAGCCACGAGUGGUGCUCAUCAGCGAUUUCCUCUCCCCAUCGGAAGUGAACUACAUCCGAUCAGCAGCGCAGAAGGGAUUCAAGCGUGCAGGCGUCUACUCCCCGACAAACACUGCAGGGAUGCCAAGCUGGAAACGAAUCGGCAAGGUAUCCUGGCUUUGGGAUUACGAGCACGGCCCACUACAGCGUCUGACCCGCCGCAUAGCUGCUGCAACGGGUCUCUCGAUGGAAGCGGCGGAGGCAUACCAGGUAGCGAACUACGGCGUCGGUGGACACUACACGCCUCACCUGGACGCGCACGGCUUCGGCGAGGUUGCUGACAGCGUGGACACCGCAGACGGCAACAGACUCGCCACCACGCUGAUGUACCUGACCGACGUGGCCGCAGGGGGCGCCACUGCGUUUGUAAAGCUGGGAAUUGCGGUGAAGCCUCGCGUCGGUGACGCCCUCUUCUGGUACGACCUAGAGCCGUACGACGGGGACGAUGCUCCGCAGCAGUUCUCUUUCUGGCAUCAGAAGAGGAGAACAGAGGACCUCUCGCUGCACGUCGGCUGCCCCGUCCUGUGGGGCUCCAAGUGGAUCGCGACGAAAUGGAUUCGUGAGCGGACCAACGCCAUCGUGCGUUACGACGCGCCCGGCUGA